AUCCGGUCCGAGCAGCUGCGCAGCGGGUUUGCUCGAUAAUCCGCCACUCACUGACGCUAAUUGCGAUGGUUUUCUCAGCAAAUAUCGUCGAAUCUUCAGCUGAUCCUAGACAAUGUGUCGCCCCGCGCCCGAGUAUUUAGGGUCGGGGUGGUGGGGUGGGGCUGGAGAGAAACAGACGCCGCCGUCGCAGUGUAGCUCACUCCACUUCCCCCCUUUCCUUCGCCGCGUCUCCGAGCACCGGAGGUACUAUCAGAAGCGAUCUGAAGCCUGCAGUCAUGGGCAAUUUGUUGUGCUGUGUUCAAGUUGAUCAGUCGACCGUGGCCAUCAGAGAGCAAUUCGGGAAGUUCGACAGUGUGCUUGAGCCAGGAUGCCACUGCCUGCCUUGGAUGGUUGGGAAACGUGUAGCUGGCCAUCUCACACUCAGGUUGCAGCAACUGGAUGUGCGCUGUGAGACUAAGACAAAGGACAAUGUGUUUGUCACUGUUGUUGCAUCAAUUCAGUACCGCCCACUAGCUGGCAAAGAAAGUGAUGCAUUCUACAAACUGACCAACACAAGGUCCCAGAUCCAGGCUUAUGUUUUUGAUGUGAUCAGGGCAAGUGUUCCAAAGCUGCUCCUGGAUGAUGCUUUUGAGCAGAAGAAUGACAUUGCAAAGGCUGUGGAGGAUGAGCUUGAGAAGGCUAUGUCAGCGUAUGGCUUUGAGAUCGUGCAGACACUCAUUGUUGACAUUGAGCCAGACGAGCAUGUCAAGCGGGCCAUGAAUGAGAUCAAUGCAGCUGCAAGGAUGAGGUUGGCCGCGAACGAGAAGGCGGAGGCCGAGAAGAUUGUCCAGAUCAAGCGCGCCGAGGGCGAGGCGGAAGCGAAGUACCUCUCCGGACUCGGUAUCGCCCGCCAGCGCCAGGCCAUCGUGGACGGGCUGAGGGACAGCGUCAUCGGCUUCGCGGAGAACGUGCCCGGCACGAGCGCCAAGGACGUGAUGGACAUGGUGCUGAUCACCCAGUACUUCGAUACGAUGAAGGAAAUCGGCGCGUCCUCCAAGUCCUCGGCUGUGUUCAUCCCCCACGGCCCCGGUGCGGUGCGCGACAUCGCCACGCAGAUCCGCGACGGCCUUCUCCAGGGCCAGUCUGCUACCCAGCAGUAGUUUGGCGGGCUGGCUGGCUGGCUUCACCAGCAUGGACAUACAGGCGGCAGCUGAUGGUGGUUUGUGGUUUGGUAGCUCUAUAUAUGCCUUACUUUAUCGUAGAAGACUUCUCUGGGACCGUGUGUGGGUUGUGGCAUGUCGUGCCUUAGAUGAUGCGUGGAAGCAAGACUUUACUAUUAACCUAUUGGGGAUUCGGCAUGGUAUAUGCACAUUAUGAAAUGGUGGUGAUGAAUUUGGUCUGA